UGUGCGAGCCACCGUGAGCUGUGUAGCGCAAACAACACAGCCAGCCAGUUGUUAUCGGAACUUGGUCGAGUCAAGUUGGUCGCGGAGGCUCUUUCUCGCCGCCCUGCAAUAAACAAGAGAUUUUCACAAUACAGCGGAGAAAACAGCGAGCAAUUAAAAAGUAAAAAUAAAUAACGCAAAUUACUAAAUCUACAUACAAUAAAACAAAGUGAGGACAGUUCCCAGAAGACCCAUUUCGGCCUUUUUAUCGCAUCUGAGUUGACGAAUUCCCAACGUCUCCAUCUUCAUCUUGGCUGUCUUUGAAUUGGCUUUUCAUUCUUCCUUGGUGGUGUGGGUGUGUGUUUGGCGCCAGCGUCUCCUUUGUGCUGUGACGGCAGUGGAUGUGUGGGCUGUGUGUGGCAAGAGAGUGUUUUCACACACACAUGCACCCUUGAAUAGACUCAUCCGGCUUUGAGAAAAGCGAGGAAAAAAUCGCAGGCAGGAAAACGCUCCACAUCCACUUGAUGACCCUCUGGAAAGCAGGAGGAGGAUAACGAAGAAGAGUCCUAGUCCUAGUCGUAGUUGGCCUCCUCGAGUUCGCUUCAUUCAAUGUCACUUGCCUCGAGGACGAGUGUUAAGUCGAGCGGGAGCGAAGUGGACGUGAGUCAGCGGAAUGCCAGCAUCCGCCAGCUCUUUGCCCCCUCGGCCACCCAGUUGGCCAAGAAAAAGGAAGCCCGCCAAAGGAGCCAGAGCAGCUUUUCGCUCCAAAGAAUCGGCAGCCAGGAUGUGGGUGGCCAGGUCCAAAGUCCAAAGGCAGUGCCAGCACCAGAGCAACAGCAGCAGCAGCUGCGACUCUCCACCGGGAAACUGGCCGGCUGGAGCAAUGGGAAUGGAUUCGAUGAUUACCAGCCAAGAGCCGCCUUGGGCAUAAAUCAAUUGGCAAUGACUACGAAUCAAUCGGCAGUGAAACAAUACAAUGGCCAGGACAAUAACGAGUGGGCUCCUAGCCCGCCUCUGCGUCUGAAUCGUAUUCCCCGGCAGGCCGACAAUGGCCGGCAUCAGAGUGCAUUUGAAUUGGCAAUGAGGAAAAACUGGAAGUCAACGAGCCAGCUGGAAAAUUUUAUUAACAACGAACAUCAUGACGACGAACUGAGGCAGAACCUGGAGUAUGAACAGGAGCUUGAGCAGGAGCCGGAGCAGGAGCCGGAGCCGGAACAGGACAUUUCUGUUGACUUUGGUAAUGAAAUGACCUGGGGCAAAUCUGCUGAGAAAUCGCUGCCAUUGAAUCACCUGCAAAGUAGCAGGAGCCGGCUAGCAGGAUUUUCCGGGACCGGAGCCGGAGCCGGAGCAGGAGCCGGAGACGACUGGGACCGGCAGGACGAUUAUAAGCAAUGGGAUUUGGAGUCGGAGCAGCGCGAAAGUUUGCACAGCCAAAGCUAUCGACCGGCGGCCGGACAAUCUACGCCGCUGGCAGAGCGGCUGCAGCGGUUCCGAUACCGCCAGCAAUUGCAACUGCAGUCCGCUGAUAUCGACGUAGGCGAUAGUGCCCACACUAUUGGCCCACACUAUUUAUCAGCUGAACAAAUAGGCGUAGCCAAUUGGCAACGAGCGCAGUUCGAGGGGGUCACCUCAGUCGAGGUUGGGGCAUCGGCGGAGCCGGAGGAGCUUCUGCCACCGGAUCGAGUGCUAUACCCAGACUCGGAGCCGGAGGAAGAGGAGCAACAGCCUCGUCGUCGUGUGGUGAUCAGACGGCGCAUUGUGCGCACCAAUCGUAGUGGCAACAACAACACCACCACCGCAGACAGCAGCCAGACCACCAGCACGAACACCUCCAUCACCACCAACACCGGUAGCACUGCCAUCGAUACUGAUUUGAGUGUCAAGAGCAGCGUGGAUAAGGCUACUUUGGCCGGCACCGGGAAAACCCCCAACUGGCUAACCCGACUCCACAGUUUCGGGACCAGCAACAGGAAAAAUCGGGCCACCGUCGAGGCAGGUGGAGGAGUGUGUGGUGCCACUCGCAGAAGCAGCGGCGGCAACAAUCACACAGCAAGUGCCAGCGGUGAGACCUGCCACACUAAUCCCAUCAUGGCCGUCCUGCGCACUAUGAAGCUCAAGGAGCGCCUGGUCAUCAGCCUGGGCGCCACACUGGUCCUGCUCACCCUGCUACUAAUCGUGGACGUGCAGAUGGACUUCGGGGUGGCCAACCGCCACCUGAUGCAGCAGCAACAGCACCAGAAGAUCCGUCUAGGCAGUGACUACGACGCCACGGGGGCAGGCGGAGGUGGCGGAAUCCUGCACGAGUUCAAGCGUAAAUUUCUGCAAAAGAGCAACUCUUCAGGGUCCAAGGAGGCUUCCACCCAGGCAGCCGCCAGCCAGAGUGGUGGGGCGACCAGUGGCCAGGAUGGAGCGGCGGGAGCCUCGGGCGGAGCUGCCGGACCCGGCACGGGAGCCAGUGCACCCACCAGGAAGCCCACGCCGCACGAUCGGUAUGUGGAUCUGGAGAAGCACCUUUUGACGGAUGAGUACUCCCACGUGAUUGUGGACAAUAAGCCGGAUGUGAGCAGAGAUAAUCCCUCGCUGGCCGACGUCCUGCACCGCAAAGCCAGUGUAAAUGCCAGCAAUUUGGAGCGCUUCCAAUUGCGCAUCACGAAGAAGGAGCUCUACGGCGAGCAGGACACUCUGGUGGAUGCGGUGCUACGUGACAUGAUCAAGCUGCCAAUACAGCAUGUUGUGCAAAAGGAGGGUGGCACCCAGCUGAAAUUGAUCAUUGAGUACCCGAACGAUAUCAAGGCCUUAAUGAAGCCGAUGCGGUUUCCGAGGGACCAGCAAACGCUGCCCAACCAUUUCUACUUCACGGACUACGAGCGCCACAACGCCGAGAUUGCCGCCUUUCACCUGGACAGGAUACUGGGAUUCCGCCGUGCCAUGCCCGUAGCUGGCCGUACACUCAACAUUACGACCGAAAUUUAUCAACUUGCCGAGGAGAAUUUAUUGAAGACGUUCUUUGUUUCGCCAUCUCUGAAUUUAUGUUUCCAUGGCAAGUGCUCGUACUAUUGUGACACCUCGCAUGCCAUUUGCGGCAAUCCGGACAUGCUGGAGGGCUCCUUCGCCGCCUUCCUGCCCAACUUUGAGUCCGGCAAUCGCAAGGGACGGAAGCUGUGGCGGCAUCCCUGGCGACGGUCCUAUCACAAACGGAAGAAGGCCCAAUGGGAGACAGAUGCCAAUUAUUGUGCCCUGGUCCGAGAUAUUCCACCCUACGACGAGGGCAGGCGACUCUACGACCUUAUGGACAUGGCCGUCUUUGAUUUUCUCACUGGCAACAUGGAUCGCCAUCAUUACGAGACAUUCAAGGUCUACGGGAACGAGACCUUCCCCCUGCAUUUGGACCACGGUCGAGGCUUUGGGCGGCCCUACCACGACGAGCUUUCCAUCCUGGCGCCAGUGCUGCAGUGCUGCCUUAUUCGCAAGUCGACGCUCAUCAAGCUGCUAGAAUUCCACAAUGGCCCCAAGCCGCUGUCGCAGCUGAUGAGCGAAUCACUGAGCCAGGACCCCAUCAGUCCGGUGCUCUGGCAGCCUCACCUGGACGCCCUGGACCGGCGGACUGGAAUCAUCCUGCAAAGCAUACGGGACUGCAUCAAGCGGAAUCCGCCGGGGGAGGUGGGCGAGACGGACGGAUCCGAGACGGACGUCUCCUCAUAGCAAUGAGGACGACCAGCGAGUGAAACAAAAAAUCAUCCUAGAGCAUUAGCUUAAACCCCUAGCUGUUAGUUGUGUGUCCUGUGUGUUGAAAAAAAGAAACAAAAAACAAAAACUAACCAUAA